UUUUAUAUAACAAUGGCUUGAAAAUAUAUGUCAUGGGCGCACCACGGGCAAUGCAGUGCAGAGCCUUUAUUAGUCACUGAGGCACACACUCACACAGACAGAGACGUGCACACGCUCACUCUGUAGCUCCAGCAGAGGUCUGCCUGCUCUGGCAAUGCUCACUCUGACUGAUAACGAUGCAGGUCUUCAGAAAGGUGCUCUGCAAGCCAUGUAGUGCCAGAGUCACUUCACCAGAGGAGGACAUGGAAUACAAGAUGGGGAGCUGCAUCGGAAUCUCACACAGACAGGCUGAAGCUCACUCUGAGACUUUGACCCAGAGGGACGACAGAGCGCUUCUCUCUGAAGCCUCGACCAGCCAGCAGAGUCCGCUGUCUCAACCAGUGCUCCCAGACGUCCCAGUCAUCACUGGAGUGGAGGAGGGCAGCAGUGAGGCUGGAGAGCAGGACGAGCUGGAGUUUCCUCAUGACCUGCUGCCCAGUCUAGACUUCAGCAGUGAGCUCAACAUCUGGGAGGCCUCGCUGGGAGCUCAGACUAGCUCAGGUGAGAGGACAUGUGAGCAGGUGAACCCCCUGCUGGCGGGCCUGCAGAGCCACAUGGAAGUCAGUCGACCACUGGUGGUUCUAGACUCAAGGCCUCAUGACAGCGACCCAGUUCUCACAGAUGCUCAGCAAUCACCUCGGCCCUCUGCCACACCUUACCCGGGUGUCCAACCCCUGACCCCUCCCCUAUCCGUGCUCCUAGACCAGGAACUCCAAGAGGCUUUCCAGGAAUGUGAAGAACAAAUGGCCUCACUGGGGAUACUUAAUCCCACAGGGCCCCCCCACCAGACAGUUAACGAUGCAGGAGAGAAAACUGGAGAAGUGAUGGUUAAUAAAUCCAGUGAGUCAUCAUCAUUGCCUCCAAUCGCAGUCCAGCCAGGACAUAGCAACGGGGGCCAUGGAAACAAGAGUACACACGGAAACAGUGAGGCAGCAAACAGUCGGACGGAUACAGUUGUGUUUAGUUUUAGGAAUUACAUACUGGGCACUGAGAAUAGUGCUGGGACAGCAGAGACGAAGAGUGAAAUAAAAGCAACACAGAGCCUGGAUAAAUGUCCAGAGAUUAAGACAGUGGAAGAAACAGAGAUAGAUGAGCAGAAGGAGACACCCACGCAUACACAAUUAGAAACAACGGCAGAUUUAUUUAAAGAAACCCAAAAAGAUGCUACGCUCACUGUGCAGAGAGAUGAUUUCAGAGAGGAACAUGUUGAUUCUAAUGCAGCCAUUGAGGAUAAUGGCACAUUAGACUGUAAUACAGUGAUUAGGGAGAAAGGCACAGAGGCAGUAACAGAGACUGUAGACAUAAGGAAAGAAAAUUAUAGCGAUGAGUCCAGCAUUAGUGUUUGUAUAACUGAACCAGGAAAGAAAGAUGAUUCAGUUAAUGAAACAUCAGAAUGCAGUCAUCUGCAUUUAAAGGAUAAAGACGUAUUAUCAGAAGCACAGAUGGGAGCAAACCAUUACAGCGAGGAGGAUCAGGAGUCAAAAUCAGAUAAAUGGAAGAGCUCACCUUGUGAGGCUAGGCAGGACAAAAAGGCAAAGAGGAAAAAGAAACAAAGGAAAAAGAACAAGACAGAAGAGAAAAAUGUAGAGACUGAGGAGAAAGCAAAGACAGUAGUACAACCUGAGAAUGAUUCACAGGCUGUUUCUCUUGUAAAUGCAGGAAAUUACACAGAUUCAGCAGCAAAUGUUGUGUCACAGGCAGACGCUCAGACUGUGAUUUGUGGGGAACAGCCUGAUAAUGGGUUUGACUCUAAGCAGCAGCUGAGUCCCGAGGGAGAGCCCAGCCCCAGCCCCCCACUAUCAUCCUCUCCUAGUGAGCAGGAUCGUCUUACUGUCUCGCCCUGUUCACCUGCGUCUAACCAGCCUCAUUUACAGAGGCCUCAUCAGUCAGAUAACCGCAACCAUACAGACGCCCCAUGUGGCAUGAAUCACAGCUCAGAUGAAAGCCCACACCGGAAGCAACAUGCAACCGGAGGUGCCAUCGACAACCAAAAUACACCCAUGACACAUGUCCACACUACAGUCCAUCAGCUCAAUCCAGCUGCUUCUGCUGAUAAGAGGUCCGAUUCACAAACACAGGAGGCUGAAGUUACCUCAGAGGCAGUGAUACUCACACACGAGAAUCAGAGCCCACUCUCCAGCAGCCCAACUUGUGUGGGAGAGAGCAGCGUGGAGAGUGCCCUUGAAGAGGCUUUAGUGGUGGUUGCUGCGUUGCCACUGGCAACACCCACGAUGCCAGAAGUGAUAGAAAGCAAGGGAGAGGGAGAAAGCGUGAGGCGUGAUUCACUGGAGAGAGUAGCUUCUGUAAUGAUUGCAGAGAGUGAGAAAGCAGUAGGAGAGAAAGAUUUGGGAGGAAUAGAAAAGUGCCUCAGCUCUGCAGACGGAGAGAAAGACCUGGACAGCCUUCCUCAGCUCGCAUUAAUCUGUUCACGGGGAAAAUGCUCACUUGCAUUCUCAGCCAAAGAGGGACAGGCUGUAUCUGAGGAAAGCUGCAGCAGCAAAAUGCCACACAACUCGGCUGAGACUGAAAUGAAGGGACCGAGAGAGACAACCGUUCGCAGUGCAGACACAGAGCUCUCACCAGCUGAGGAGGGAGACAGAGAAAAGGAGCCACUUCGGUUAGAAGCUUAUAUCAAUACUUCUCCCUUUGGGCCACUUACUGGUCCUGAUCGUCAGGAUCACAGUGCUGCGGGAUUGGAGGGAGCAGGAGAGGGAGGAGGAGGAGGAGAGGAGGGGGGAGAGAAAGGAGGGCUGGCUAGAGAGCACAGUUCAUUCAGCCAGCCAGAAGGCUCUGCUAGUGGGGUGUCAUCAGCCGGGACUGAGACGUGUCCGCCCACCGAUGUUGCCGAGUCACAGUUGAAGUCACAGGGCUGGAGUGAGCCGAUUGCAACCAUCUCUCAGAGCAUCUGCACUGAACAGGACCGUCUCUCUCACCCCUGCCAAGAGCACCAUGGCGCAGCAAUUUCACCUCUCCCGGCUCACCCUGAACAGAGCUCCAGCAAUACAGACGGAGGGGUAAGGGCUGAUCUCAAACAGCAUUCGAUUUCAGAGGAAGCAGUGUCUUUAGGACACACUUGUGAGGGGUCAUCCAUCACAGAGAAAGAGAAAAACUGCAGCCAAGUCUUCCUGCCUUUAAUCUCACCUCAGCCUCUGACUACUUCACAACAUAUCCCAGUCGAGCGACAAGCGAGCAGCAAUCAACAGGUCCAGCUUGAAAGUAGCACAACAGCAGCCCGGACAGACGAAAGUGCAGCUGAGUUCCAAGUCCGAGCCAAGAGCAAAAGAGGUGCUGCGGGUGUAUGUGACAGCAGCAGAGGCAACAACAGAGUUCACUUUGCGGACACUGUGAAACAAGACGGCAGUUUCUCUGUGGAUCUUAGGAGCAUGUCGGUACCAGCUAUGGACUGCGCCUCUUUGCCUCCGCUGACUGUGCAUGAGAGUUUGCACCAUCCUGUGGUGGAGGCCAGCUACACCUUCCCAGAAUUCCUCGGCUUGAAGAAGCCAGAAAUCGCCACAAAUGCAGCUCCUACCAAGGAUGAACCAGCAAUACGGAGCUCAACUGACUUUCUAAAGCCACAGAGAGAUGUCCUGGAGGAAAAAGGAGAUGUGGGGACUAAAGAAGAGAACAUUAAGAUAGAUCAGACAGGUAGCAACAACUUGGGGACAAACACUGUGGAUUUACAGUCAAUGACAAAGGCCGGCUCAAAACAGCUUCCAUGUUCUGCUGAAAAGAAUCAAACUGGUGACCUUUCACAAACAGCAGAAAGUGCCACCUCUGAGGCUGAUCAUUCAGCAGCUGAGCAGGUGUCUGCAAAGGUGAAAAAACAAUUAGAGCAGAAAACAGAGAAGGAUGCUAUAAGCCUGUGCUUGUCGACUGAGAAGGAGAUAGAUAAGUUACCCGCUAAGUCUGAAGGCCCAGCCGAGCCUCAGGAGUCACCUUUAAUAAGUGAUGCUACUGAAGGUAACCAACCUCCUCUCUCCUCAUGUUCUGUGCUUCCAGCUGAUGAUGUCACCUGCAAGCCUUUUAGUGAUGUCUCCGCUGAGUUAUCUGCUGGGCAGCUCUCUACGGAAACUGCGACCCUAACUUGCGCAGCCUCUCUUCAGACAAAGCCUUGUGACCCCAGUUAUCAGUCUCCCACCCAAUUAAAUCUAACACCUCCUCAUGGACUGGUUACUACAGAUCCCAUGCACGCUGGUGAGGGGCCAAAGCCCACGAUUCACUCUGCUGAUCUGACAAAGGAUGAAUCAGCGACUUCCGAAGUGACAGCCUCCGACCAGUCAAUUCCUGUUAUAGAGCAACGUGCCAGUAAUUCUUCUUUUGUGCGGCAGCCUCCUGGCCCGAUGUUGAGUCACUUGGAGUUCAUUACUGACUGUGAUAUCUCUCUUCCUGAGCAGACGGAUAACAGUGGCACUGAUGGUGACAGCACCAAAGUCUUUGGGGAGGUGGAUGACAAUAAGAGCAGGGAUAUGACACAAAUGUCCGUAGUGCAGGAUCUGAAGCACGGUGAUGUCAGCGUUAAAGCAGAUGAGGCUUGUCCAAAACCGGAAGAUAAAAAUUAUGCUCCAGAUUCUGUUGUUGAGUUUGAGAAUUCUGCGAUUACCAAUGUAAAUAUUCCAUUUUUAAAGGAGGAAAAUCUGUGUACUCCAACCCAGCCUCCUGGUGCAGAGGGAGUACUGGCAAAGGAGGAAAAGAAAAAAGUUGAAGAGGUAAAAAUGGAUAAUCAAAAGGAAACAGCAGACAGCAGCAAGCUGCAGACAGGAAAGACAGGCACAACACCACAACAGAGUAAUGGGCCAGAGAAAGAGGGUGUGGAGGAAAUUGGAGGCCUGCAGCCACCACAUGAACAUAAAGUAAAAAAGUCUGAGUCACCAAUAAAGGAUGUAAAGGAGGAGGGAGAAAGUGGCAUUUCACCUAAAACCCAGAUAGACACUUCUUCUUUAUCUCCUGACAGACCUGCGGGGUCGUCUGAGGACAUGCUAAGUGCUGGGGCAGAUUCUCGUAGUGAACCUCAGACUGUUUAUGACCAGAGUUUACGCCAAACUCCGACACUGGAACGCAGCUCCGAGAGGGACACUUCCCCAGAUUUGAAUGCAGCUCUCGGCCAAUCACAGUCCACACCAGAGCCAAACUGUUUUGCUCAGCAACAGGAGCAACAGCAGCAGUGUCUGGGAUCCACACAUCCCACACAGGAGUUGUCAGGUGACAGUCUACAGGGAGGAGAAAAGACUAACGGUCAAGUCAGGCAGACCCAGGCACUGGUUCCAGGGCUGAAAGGGGUAGCACAGGGAGGAGACGGCUCCUCUGGGAGUUUGUGUCAGUCAGGGAGCAGCGAUAAGUUGACAGGUGAUGACAGCGGUGGCAAUGAACGAGUGAUAGAUCUGGAGAAAGGCAAGGGAGAGGGAGUGCAAGCUACGGUUGACGGGGUUUAUAUGCUGUCUCACCUUGCCAGUGAUUUAAAUGAGAGUGGAAAUGCUGCUGAGAGAAAUGCCUCAGCUGACAUUGGGAGCGUAACUGCUUGCUCGCGUGUAGGUGAGACAAGACAGGGGAUGGUUGAGAAUAAAAGCCCCGUGUUAGGGGUAGUUGGGUCGGAUACAGAUUUAAUUCCAGACACUAAGUUUGUGAGCGAUCUGGGUUUUGAAGGUCAGCAAAAAAGCAAUCUACCAGCUGCCUGUCAAGACCAACAUGGAAAACCUGAGACCUCAAAGAACACUGCUGUAUCUGUUGAGUCUGCAUCACAGGAACAUGAGACUUCACCUUUACGGGUCUCUGUUUCAUCAAAGGUCAGCACAGAUAGUCCCGGCAUUCAUACAGCAGUCAUUUCAAGUGCAAACCAGGCUGAAGAAAUUCAUACAAAAAUAUCCUCUACUCUGGUUGGGCAACCAGAAACUGUGGAAAAGGGUUUCUGUGCUGUCACGGCUGUAAAGAGCAACAGUAGUGAAACUGUGGAUUGUGAAAGUCAGGAUACAGUGGGUGAGCCUGUCGAGCUACAAAGCUUCAAUAAAAGCUCAGCAGCACAAAGCAGCCCAGUAGUACAAACAGCCAUAAAAGGCCCUGAUGUAGAGGAGAUCACAAAGGAAGAUAAAGCAGCUUUGGACGAAGUGAAAGCUAGCAGCCAGGCGACGGGACAAAGUGAGAUAAAAGAGAUGAACACUGAAGCAAUGAAAAAACAGGCGGUCAUAAAUCAAACUGAGGGUGCUAAAGACAGUGCCUCAAUUGGUCUGUCAAAAGCAACAGAAAAGGACAGUGAUAUAACAGAUACAAUAACUCCUGAUGUUAUCACACACCCAUCUGUUGUUUCGUCAAAGCACCUGGAAGAUUUUGCAUCUACCCCUCCUGCAGCCUCUACCCAGUCUGAGAAGCCUCAUGAUCAGGUGUCUUUGUCAAAGCCCCAAGGUGAUAUUGUGUUAAAGCCCAAUGUUGCUGCUUCCCACUGUGAAGGAAAACCACUUGAAAAAGCUCCUGUUGAACAAGUUCCUGUGAACACAGAAGCCGGCAAUGUGUCAGAGAGUCCUGCUCCUGUGCAAACAGCCAGAGAACCAGAUACAAACUGGAUACAAGCUCUAAAAGAAGCUGCUUCCAGUGUUCAGAGUAAACAAGAGACCUCAAGACCCCUCCCAUCUCUGGAUUCCCCUCAACUAGAGUUUCUUACUCCGACUGAGGAGAUAGCUGCUUCUCAAGGACAGGAGGAGAUCCCACCACCGGGGCAAGCAGCAGAGAAGACAACAGAGAUCCCACCUCUGAAUCUUGUGAAGAAGCCAGUGGAUCUUCCUGAACCUUUGAAGAAGACAACAGAGCUCCUAGAACCAGCACAGCACACGAGAGUAGAUCUCUUAGGAGACAAUAAGAAAGUAGGGCUCUCAGAAGAAACAAAGAAAGUAGAGCUCUUAGAAGAAACAAGGAAAGUAGAGCCCUCAGAAGAAACAAAGAAAGUAGAGCCCUCAGAAGAAACAAAGAAAGUAGAGCUCUUAGAAGAAACAAAGAAAGUAGAGCCCCCAGAACCAACCAAGACAGAAGAAGAGCCUCCAACAGAGCUCCCAGAGCCAGCACAGAGCACAAAAGUAGAUCUCCCAGAAGAAACGAAGAAAGUAGAGCCCUCAGGACCAACCAAGAAAGAAGAACUUCCAGAAGAGCUCACAGAACCAAAAAGGGAGCCAGUAACUUCUUCAGAAGCAGCGAAGGAGCCAGCUGAGCUCCCAGAACCGACAAAAAGCACAGAAGAGCUCCAAGAACCAACAGAGAAUGAGGAACCAGAACCAACAAAGACGACUUCAGAUCCCCCAGUUGCAGAGAAGAAGCUGAUCAGUGAGCCGCCAGAGGUGCUAGUGGACAAACCUGUAGAGAUCCCACCUGAGGAGCCAUUUGAAGUACCAGCUGGGGAAACGGCAGUGACAGAAACAGUCCAGCACCCUGCUGAGGAGCUACAGGACAGCGGGCCCUCCCUCGCUGAGCGGGCAGAGAGAGGUGACCGUGCCCCUGCAUCUCCCCCACCUCCUGCCUCCGAAUACCAUUUCCCGCCUGCCCUCCCUCCUCACCUCCAAGACACCACAGAGUUCCCCACUCCUCCUCCCACACCCCCGGAGAGACACUCUCCUGACGCUCUACCAACCCCACCUGCAUCUCCCAGCUUCCCUCCUCCUCCUUCUCCUCCUCAUUCAGCCCCUGAUUCCCCUCCUGCACCUCCUGCUUCCCAGAGCGAGGACCACUGCCCUGCUCCUGCACCCCGCCACCCCCCAUUAAGGAGCUCAGACUCUGAUGGAGCGUUCGAGACCCCUGAAUCCACAACUCCAGUGAAGGCUGUUUCUCCUGUAGAUCCUCCAACCCAGCAACUAACAUCUGAUGACAAAGUAGCAGACACCUCCGACAAUGUUCCUGCCUCUGAAUUGACUUCAGCUAAUGCACCAUGCCGUUCCCCAUCCCCUGUUUUUGAUGAGAACCGGCCCAUUGCAGCCAGUGGCCAAUACAACAUUGAAUCUUUGGCUGGAGAUUCAACAAGUCACACCCUUACUCGUUCACUCAGCUUCCAGGGAGGAGCACUAGACAGUUCUGGUCUGUUGGACGGAUCAACGGCGGGAGGCUUCCGUCCACAUUCUGAAUCCUUCAGUGUAGGCACUGAGAGCGCCCCAGGGACACUCCACAGGCCCAAGAAAGUCCGUCCUGGGUCUUUGAAGAAGAAGCCCCUUCUCAGGCAGAACUCAAACCCAGAGAGUGCAAAGCCAGCUUCAUCCAGCAGCACCCCGGAGACCAAGAAGCGGGCGAAGCCUCGAACUGCCAGCCCUCUCCAGGCUCAGGAGGAAGCAGAGGGAGGAUCUGCGACCCCGAGCCCAGGAGGAACCCUUCGCAGGACCAGGAAGAGCCGUGUGGUGACUCCUCCUCCUCUGCCAGAGGAGACCAAUCAUACCACCCAAGAGGAGAGCCUUGUCAUCCCUGCCUUACCCUUGUGCCAGGAGGAGAUCCCUCUCUCUAGUAGUCCAACAGGCGGAGACAAAUCCCCCAUCCCCCCUCCUACCUCCUACAAAUGGGAUCCAGAUAAUUUUGAGAACAUCGACCCUUUCAAGACUGGAGGUAGUAAAAUUGCCAAUUCUCCUGUUAUUGGUCGUAAAGGUCCUGUGGGUGCCCCCAUCGCCAGCCCUCCAGAAAGCCCCCCUGUCCCUGCUGUGGAGCCGUGUCUCCCAGCUCCUCCUGAAAAGCCAAUCACCAAUCCUGAAGAACAACCUAUCAUUCCUAAGCGUCAGUCAGUAAGGCUGGAGUUUGACUACUCUGAGGAGGGCAGUGAGGCACCACACCAGGCCUCUCCCCCACCUAAGAAAGUGGGCAAGAAGCCCGGUGCCAAGAUGCCUCUGAGGAAACCAAAGCUUGGGCUGAAAAAGGCCCCUCCAGUGCAGACGGAGCAGCUGGACAACGAUCCUCCAGCAACCCACAACGGCAACGAGGAUGACAUCCCUGUCCCUGCAGUUUCUUACAAUUUUGAACCUGACAAGUGGGAUGAUCCGAACUUCAAUCCAUUUUCUUCUAAGAAAGGCAUCUCCAACUCCCCCAAACUGUCCAGGCCGUCUUAUUCGUUUGACGCUAAUAACUUUGAUGACUGCGUAGACCCUUUCAAAUCCUCCAAUAAGAUGGCCAACUCCCCUCCAAAGGCCUCUGCCUCCUUUGAACUGUCGUCCAAUGACUAUGAGAAUGAAAAUGACAAUGAUAACAUCGGGGAACUGGAGGACCAAAAUCAAAACAAACCGGCCAAGAAGAAGAAAACACCCAUUAAAUCUAAUACUUUCAGAGUGAAGAGGUCGCCAAAGAAAUCCCCAAUGUCUGACCCAUCCGAGGAUCCUACGCCUGCAGAUGAAACCCCCUCCCUUCACCAACAGGACGACCACGCCACAGACGAGGAGAAGCUGGCCUCCUCCACCAGUCACAAGUGGGCAGCCCUGCACGGCAUGGAUGCAGAUUUAAACUCCGACCAACAAGACUUCCCACAGCCGUGUGACCUUACAUCCUUUGUUAACGAGAACAGUCUUCCUCAUCAGGCUCCAGCUCAAGACUAUGAAAUUGAGUACAUGGAGAAGCUUGGCUCCGCUUCGCCUCCACUGUCUGUGAAGAAGCCGUCCUUGUACCUUAAGUUAGACUCUGUAUCUGACAGCUUAACCAAGAAUACGUGUGCACAUGGAUCUGAGCCCAGCUCCCCCUGCACAGGGAGUUUUGAGGAGAUGGAGGCCCAGAUAACAGCGGGUAUGAAGACACCGGUGCUGAGCUCCCGGCCCGGUCCCGAGGGCUCUGCUGGGGACAAGGGCAGGAAGAGGGAAAGCGAAGCACUCAGCAGAACGCAGAGCACAGAGAGGGAUGAGCAGCCCCCUAGUGAGGGCCCUGUGGAGGCCCCUGCUCCAGUCCUGGCCCUGCCCCUGUUAGACAGGCUGUCUGAGUGUGACGACCUCCUGCAGUACCUGGAGCCUGACCUGGCUGAGACCAACCCAACAGCAUUCGCCCAAAAACUACAGGAGGAGCUGGUGCUUGCUGCCCUGAGGAUAGAGGCUCUGCAGGUAGCCAAAAACAUCUCUCAGUGCCCCUCCCUCUCCACUGUAUCCCCCCAGUCUCGACUCAAGAAACCCAGCACUCGGCGAUGGAAUAUCAACGGUUCCCCCUUACUUAAACACCGAGACCUGUCAUCUCCAGUAGACAGUGGAGUGUCCAAGAACUCACUAUAUGCCAGGACCACCACCAACACCACCACCAACUACAUUGAAGGGGAGAGCCCCCACCUACCCAGAGAACUGGACCACUCCCUGGGAAUAGCACGAGAGGAGAUCGUGUCAAAGGAAAAAGAAGUGCUGGAGUGGCAGAGGAAGUAUGAAGACAGCCGACAGGAAGUGGUGGAGAUGAGGAGGAUUGUUGCUGAGUAUGAGAAGACGAUUGCGCAGAUGAUAGAGGAUGACCAGAAAGAGAAGUCUCUCUCUCACCACACCAUCCAGCAACUGAUCAUGGAGAAGGACCAGGCCCUGGCCGAUCUCAACUCCGUGGAAAAGUCUCUCGCCGACCUCUUCCGACGCUACGAGAAGAUGAAAGACGUACUGGAGGGCUUUCGCAAGAAUGAAGAGGUUCUGAAGAAGUGCGCUCAGGAGUAUCUGUCCAGGGUGCGCAAGGAGGAACAGCGCUAUCAAGCCCUGAAGAUUCAUGCAGAGGAGAAACUAGACAAGGCUAACACAGACAUAGCUCAGGUGCGGGCCAAAGCCAAGCAGGAGCAGGCCGCCUACCAGGCCAGUCUGAGGAAGGAGCAGAUGAAGGUGGACUCUCUGGAGCGCACUUUGGAGCAAAAGAACAAAGAGAUCGAGGAGUUGACAAAGAUCUGCGAUGAGCUGAUCGCCAAGAUGGGGAAGAGUUAGCGACCACACCACGCCCAGGCCAAACCUCCCAGAGAAGAGGAGUGGUUGUGGGGAGAAAAAGAACUUGGAAAAUGAAGCAGAUCAGUAACAUUUACCACUCUUCCAAGAACUGACGGACAUUUAAGACCAAAAUGGUCUCAUACUGACUUUGUGUAUACAGGAUCCACAGGAACUGCUUCUCUUCUAAUCACUCUGUACAUUUUUGAUGUGUCAUUGUAUCGUACUGUAUCAGGGGUCUGGUUUAAAGUUUUAGAAAAUGUAUCAUAUCACUAAUGAGUGUGUCUGUGCGUGUGAGUGCGUGUAUGAGGAAGCGAGAGCAUUGUUUGUGGGUUAAAUUAUCUAUAAUGAUGUUGCCAUGACAGCCACUGAGGAGGAAGACUGUUUACCCGUUCUUGUUGUUGUCUCCUCUUGAUACAAGAGAAAGAUAGACUUUGAAAAAGAGUAACAGAGAUUUAGAUUCAUCCAUGAAAUGUUGAUACACCACUAAAGAGAACACCAACCAUCAAGAUAUCUUACUGCAUGUAGGAGAGAAAGGAGAACUCGUUAUGUUAUAUGUUUGUAUAUACUGUAGGAAAUUCCACGUAUGAAAAAGAUCGAUCUGCAUUUUUGAUAGUUAUUCCGUCAUCCUCAGCCCACAUCCUUCAUGUAACCUUGUAGAUAUUUGUCAUACUUGUCAUAGCUUUCUCGAUGAAAUCGUGCGACUAUUUUUUUGGAUUUAAUUUUGAUAUAAAGCAAACUAAUCGUUACUGUAUUCAGUUGUGACCAGGAGUAAUUUAAUUUUGGAUGGGUUAUGUCCUAGUUCUGCUAUGGUUUGUUGUGUCACACUGAGGAAUAACUUCUCUGCACAGCUGCUGUACAGCAUCUGCUUACAAAGUGCAAUAAAAGUUGGCAAUACAGCA